AUGCAUGGAAGACCAAAUCUCUCGGUGCCUUCUGUCACCCACGUGUGACCCUUUUCGUCCACUUCUUUCCAUCCCCUUCGCCCACGUGUGACUACUCAUCUUCCUUGCCUCUCCGCUGCCCAAACCCAAAACACAUCAAGCCUCUUCUUAAAAACAGCCUCACCUUACAUAUUUUCUCCCCGCUACAUCUCUGUCGUCUCUUUCUAAUCAAAUAUGGACUCCCAGAACGUUAAACAGCGUACAAGAGACACAGUCGACGAACCCCACACCAUCGUGGGCAAAAACAACAGCAAGAAUGUGAGAUUCAGACGUGAAAAAAGAGUGGCUAUGGCCCAACGUGGUAUUAGAUCAUUAGCCAUAGCUGUUGCGCUCCCUCUUUCCGUGGCUCUCUGUAACGUGUAUUUCUUUGGCUCAACUAGAGGCUACGGUACUAGUAGUAGCAGGAGUAUAUCAAAGCCCUUCUGGUUCCCACCUUUGUGGGCGCUACACAUGUCUUGCGUGACUUCGAGUUUCUUGAUGGGUCUCUCGGCUUGGCUUGUUUGGGCUGAAGGCGGAUUCCAUCGGAACCCGACUGCUCUCUAUCUUUACCUGACUCAGCUCGGCUUGAGUUUGGCUUGGAACCCGAUCGUGUUUCGGAUGUCAGAGCCGUGGGUUGGGUUACUUGUUUGUUUAGCUACGUUUGGGGCUCUUGUUGGGUGUUCUCGACAGUUCAAAGAGGUGAAUCCCAUUGCAGGCAAUCUGGUUAUGCCCUGUUUGGCAUGGGCUUCGUUUUUAGCCUUCGUCAAUCUUAAGCUCCUCUUUCUUUGA